AAAGGAGGAGAAAGUUUUCACAAGUUUGAAGGGAAAGGGGUCCAAGCGGCCCCGCACAAUAGAGCAAUCAUUGAUUCCGACGAGUCGACGGUGAUCAUGGGCGCCCAGGAAGAGGACACCAAGUCAAGCACCAUAGGCGGGAUGCUGCCUGUGGUGGAGGUGGUGACUUUGGUGGAGAAAGCUAAAUUCUACACCUCCCUCUGCCUGGGUACCACGGCCAUACUCGCCGUCUUCGCCUUCCUUUUUCUGAUCCCGUUCGUCGUGGAACCGGCAGUGACCACGAUCCUGGCCGACUUUUCUCCACACGCUGUUGCCUGCGUCGUCACCGACCACGUUUACGCCGAGGGAUUGAAGAAUUGCUCCUGGGCAAGCUGCAGAGAAGGUUGCACGAGCGCCGCGCUUCGUUGCCAUCAGAUCAGGGUGAACUACACGAGGCUGUCGUUCGAGGAAUUCAUAGCGAAACCGUUGGGCUCCGUACAGUGGGACGUUUCAGACACGAAAUUUUUCGUGAACACGGAGGGCUGCGGUUACCCGCCCAGGGUGAACUGUUCCGACUUCGCCAAGAAGUAUGGAUACUCGAAUAUGGGGAAAAUAUUCCCUUGUUAUUACAGCAGAACGCAUCCGGAGACUGUCGUUGCAAGAUACUCUUGGGAUGAAAAUCUGAGGCAUCUAGUGCUAGCCUUGGUGGUGCCUACAGUUCUUUUCGGAGUGUCUCUCGGUGUAUUAUGCUACUGGUAUUGUCCACCGAUGGGCAAGACUUGCGGAGGACCAGGUCGCAACUUGAUUGACAAGUACGCAAGGAAGGAAGAUAUUCUGGGAGAGGACGAGUUCGAGGAGGAUGAGGAGGAAUACUGACUGCUGCCAAGGGCUCACCCCCCAGCGAGGGAGUGACGCCGAAGGAAUUACUGAAAGAUAAUCCCCGUUAUUUACGUUCUAAUCGUUCAAAAGCAAUAGCAGCGUUAGGGAAACUUCCAGCAACGAAGAUAAAUGCAUUUACGUUUCCGAUUUCUACUAUUUAUUGAUUGAUCUUAAUCCACUGCGAUACACUGCACUUUGAGCUUAAUUGCAUUCGUUAAAGGAGAAUUGGUAAAUAAUUUUGCUCCUUUGGAUAUCGCCCAUUUGGAUAUGGACCAUUUUUUGACUAUUAUACUGGUCCGUAUUAAUAAAUGAAUUAUUAAGUUGCUGCAUAUGAUAUGGCCGAUUUAAAAAAGAGGAAGAAAAAGAUCGUUUAAAAAUUCCAACUAAAUAUUUUUAACGAAUUAUACAUAUUUACGCGAGAUUUAAUGCUAAUGCAGAAUACGAUAUGAAUUAUUAAAGAAACAAGUGUAAAUCAAUAUUGAGUUCAAUUUAAAUUUUGAUAAGCAUCUAAAGAAACUUGAUCUUUCACCAAGCAAAGAAUUGAAUUUUAAUUGAUAUUAAUAUCGUUAAAAAUUUUUUUCUUCGGCUAUUUCAUCUGUAACGAUAUCCCUAUCACAAUUUUGCAAUAAAUCAAAAUUAAUAUUAUACAUAAUAUUAUACGUUUAUUACGAGAUAUUAUAUAAAAAAAAUUCCUUUUUCUAAAGACUUGUCCCGCGAUAAAUCGCAAUACGAAUUUUCAAAUUUCAAUCGCGGGAUCGUACAUCGAAAAUAUUUUCCAAAGCGAUCGAAUUAAACCGAGAAUGUCUGCGAUAUUUUUACACCGAGUUAUUCCAAGAAAAAAAAUGAUUAAUCACUACAAUUGUAUAGAAAAAUGUGAUGUUCUUUUUUUUUCGAUGUCGAGACGCGUAAUUAUCGCUUUACGAAAUUUUUAUACCGCGAAACGCAAUAAUAAACGGGCUCUCGUGAAUUUACAAGGCAAGGUAGGUUUGUUCGACAUCGACACGGUGAGAACAAAGCUCAGUCUCGAUCAUCUACCAGUAUUCCGAACGAGAAAUUGUAACAAGGUGCGCCUUCCUACAACGUGAUAACUUUAAACGUAAGGAACAAAUAUCCACGUGGCACGUUUGAGAAAAAGAAAAAAAGCAGCAUUCGUUCGUAAUAGGAUAAAUGAUGUAUUUUUAAGUCAUGUUUAUCCAGACUCGGGUAAGAUGACGUUUGAAACUAUGCAAAAAGAAAAAAAAAAAAGAAAAAAAAAAAAGAAAAAUAGAAUAAAAUAAAACGAAAAAAGCGAAAAAUGAAGAAGAACAUUGGAAACGAAAUGUCUUUAAAAAGCAGCACGUUGUCCGGAUUAAUUUGUAUCCCGCGAUACAAUGUUGCUUUACGAUAAUUCGAUGAAAUUGCAUCGUUUGAAAGUGUUAAUUAAAUUACAUAAAAUAUCAUUUUACCCAGAUCUGCGCGUAUCCGAUGAAGUGAUCGAGAAACGUUCCGUUUUGUUAACGUUUGUUGGAGAAGAACAAUCGAUUCGUCGAGCGUUUCGAACGAAAGUAAGAAAAGAAAUCAAAAUCCUGUGCAGGCUCGUGUCACGCGAAUGUACGUGCCGGUACAUACCAUUUCAGCGUUUCUAUUUCUACUUCGAAUGUUCGGAAAUCGAUGAUGUAACAUUCGUGUCAGAGAUUGAAGAUAAGGAGAAGGAGAGAGGAUAUUUUUUCGACGGUGAAAAUAUAUCGAAAUAAAAAAAAAAAAAUAAAUAAAAGAUAAAAAAAUAAAAUAAAAAAAAUCGUGGAUCAUAGUGCUUUCACAUGUUGCAAAAUUAUUUAAGGUUAAGAGGAGAAUAUACUGCUAUUUUUCGCGAUAAAGGCGAAGAUUAUUGUUUAGAUCAUUGCUAUUUUUGCAACAGGAGGGGAGGGGAAUCGUAGUUAAAUUAAUAAUUUCGAAGUGAUUGGUAACGAAACGCAAGGAAUGAUGAAGGCGAUGACGCGAUGGCCUCCAGGAUAUGUCUUCGCACCAAAGAAAUAAAAAAAUGAAAUAAAACUCGUAGAUUUAAGUUUAGCCCGUAAGGUGUUAAGUCUGUGAAUAUUAAUGAUCGAUACGAUUACGAUUGUUACAAAUUUUUUACGCGGACGUCGCAAGUCGCGUCGUGGUUCUAGUUAGGAACGAACGAAGGAUAUUUGCAUAAUAAAUGCACGCAUGCACAUGCGUAUACGUAGUUUAUAGCUGUAGAUAUCGGUUUUUUCAGUUUCGGUUUUUCGAAAGGGACGAGCGAUCUGCGUUUCCACAAGCUGCGAAACAACGUGUGACAAAUUAGCGUUCGUGUCAAAUUAUCAGAGAAUUGAUUUAGCAAUAAUUCCUCCCAUUUCGAUUCGUAGAAAUCCUUAAAUUAAUCGUUUCGUUUCGAAACAUGAACGUAACCUUAGAAAUCGAAUAUCUCUAACGCACAUCGUUAAUUUUAAUAAGAAAUAAAAAAGAUAAACGCAAUAAUUUCACGAUAUCUAUACCAUAAUUUUAUAAUUUUCAAUAUUUCUAAGGUAAUGUCCAUAUUCUGUGCGAGCGAAUGAUUCAUCGAAAUUUGGUAUUAUUAGAUUUAAAGAUCAACAAUUGAUGUAUUUAGAAUUAUUGAUAUUACAGUAGAUCCUCGAAUCCACACGUUCAAAAUAAAUAAAAAAAAAAUCAAUUAAUAAUUUUCUUGCAACAUGAUAGUCGAGAGUUAUCAUUCAUUAUCAUUCAUAUCAUCCUUUGUUUCUUUGAAGAAAUUAUUUAUCUAUUAUUAUUACACAAUUACAUUAUUACAAAUUUAACGUAAAUUCGAAGUUUGAUAUUCUUGUUCGAAUUCCGAGGAUCCACUGUGUCAGAUUUACUUAUUAACGAUGUAUAUAAAUAUUAUGAAUAGAAUUUAUAACAAUAACUUACGAAUAAUUAAAUUGCGAGGUCUCGAAUCGAGUACUCGAAUCGAAAUUGGAAUGGCGGCAGGAGAAACGUUGUUUCGAAGCGUAUGGAAUCUAAAUCGCGAGCCUGUACAUCUAGAAUGGUUGUGAAUCCUUUACUCGGCCUUACUCUAGGCAACGUGUUGGAGCGAUUCGUCUCGAAGAGGCGAAUCCCAACGGGAGCCUGCGUUUCGGCACUCAUUCCCCACUCGAAGCUUGCUAAUCGAUUUCCGUUUUGCGCGUGGCCGGCGAUCGAUCGGCGGAUCGUUGGCGCGCUUUUCAAAUUUCAACGUCGUUCCACCGUUCUAUAUUUAUGAGAUCUUCUCUCUUGCGUCCUUUAUCCGCGUCGCGUGAAAUUUUUGCUCAAAGGCGCUCGAUUUACGAAAUGAUGAUAAAAAAGAUUGACAAAAGGCGAAGCGAAGAGAAAGAAAUUGGAAAAAAAGAAGUCUUUUCGAACGAGAUUAGAAACAAUGAUAUUAAUCGAGCUGCUCAAUGGAAAAAUGAUUCGAGCGUAUUUUUUCCAAUGUCAGGGUAAAAGUUUGAAUAAAAAUUUAAACAUUUCCUGGUAAAAUUAUAAAAUUUUUAAAGAGAAUUUUAUCAGGAUUGAAAUUAGUUUCAAUGGAAAUUGAAUACACCGAUUCUGAUAUAUAUAUAUAUAUAUAUAUAUAUAUAUAUAUAUAUAUAUAUAUAUAUAUAUCUUUCUUUAGAACAUGGUUCACGCUUAGAAUCCCUUGAUUUAUAUAAUUCUACAAUAAUGUAAAAGCUUCAAGUCGCGAAAAACAAUAAUCCAAUAAUUCAUCUCAAUAUACAAAUUUUGUCACUCGUGCCAAUUUUCCUUUGAGCCCUUCGAUUUUCAAUGUGAUUCAUGUUUAUCAACGAUCGAUAAUUUCGAAAAAUUUUAAGUGGCAUCAUCUUCUAUAUUUAUCAUCUUCUCUUCAAUCGAUAAAAUCGUCGAAGCUCGAUCGUUCAUUAACUAUUUCGAUUAUAUACGAUUAAACAGUUCAUCGUGCUUCGAUCAAUCGUUUCGGAAAUUCAAGCACAAAUUCGUAGAGCUGUUUCGAUUGGAAAGUCCAUCCAAGUAAGAAGAGCUUGUUCAAAUUUCAAGCGUUUCCAUAUCUUUCAUAUCAAAUCGGUUUAGUGCCAAUUAGUCGAUUAGAGGAACCUCGCGAAUGAUCAUCGAGUUGAAAAGGAAAUCGUAAUUAGAAAUCAUCGGUCGCGGGAGAAGACGUCGAUAAAAUUAGAUAGAUUAAAUACGAAAUUCUAGGAAAAAUGAGAAAUAUAUUGCAUUAAAAGUGAUAUAAAAUUGAGAGAACGAGUUGAUUCGUGGUUAAAAGUUAUAUACAUAUAUAAUAAAAAAGUAAAAUAAUAAUAUCGACCACUCGUAAUUUAAAUUAAUAAUCAAGAAUAAUCUGCGAGCAAUAGCGAAACCAUGUGGAAGAUAAAAGGAAAUUGCAUAGACGGUUACAGAUUAGAAAGCGGCGAUUAAUUGUAAAAUCUCUAUUUCUAUCGAUCUACUUAUGUACGAUAUGCUCUAUCGCAUGUUAUUUAAUUAAUUCUAAUGUACCUGCACACACAUUAUAGUUAAGCCAUUUUCCCUUUCUAUUUUUCAACAACUGUUUUCCUUUCCUCCUCCUUUCACUUUAAACUUUAAACUUCGACAUUUUAGGUGAUAGCGAUUCCUCCAUCAUUUUCUACUUCUCCUCUCUUUCCUCUCUCUUUCUAUCUUACCUAUCCUUAAUAUCUUUCUCAAUUGACGAUCUAUACGGUACGAAAAAUAAAAAAUAAAUAAAUAAAAAAAAUAAAAAAUGAAGAACGCUCUUCGAGAAAAGCUUCCCGGUUCUUUACUCGAGAAUAUUAGAUCUCAUCUAAAAAAAGGAAAAAAUUGUUCACAGCUUCGUGCGUACCAUUGUAAGUCUUGAGUAUGUAUAUAUAUAUAUAUUUAUAUAUAUACACAUUGUAUAUAAUAUAUUAUAUAAAACGUACUCGUUCUGCGAUACUAACGGACUAUUGUAAAUAAAAGAUUGUACGAUAUUUCGUUUGAAAUAUACAGAAACAUUGUUUUCUGUUAAAUACAAUCGAUUUUUCUCUUUGGAACAUUAA